ACUUACUAAAGAAUAACAUUCAUUGUUUUCCAGUUUUGUGAUAGUUUUCAUCCGAACAUAGCUUGCUUCUUCUUCACCCCAUAUUUAUGAAACAUUAUGAAAGUGAAGCCUCUCACUGUUUUUUCAGCACUUUCCGCUCUUUCACUUGCUCAUGCUGCUUCAUUGACCUCGAAACAUCCCAAAGCUUGUAAUCCCAUUUACUCAAAACGCGAAGCUGGGGGCACGAAACCGCCAACGAUUCAGUUCAAUUGGACCGAGUCUGUCAAGGAGGAUAAUUCCGUUCACGUAGUGUUCUAUGAUUGGCGAGAACAAAGCUUGCUUGGACUCGAAAGAGAGGAUGGAAGUAUCGCUUACGUUUGUGAUGAAGAUGCAGUAGAGAAGGAUCAGCUAUGUUCUCGGAAUCAACUGGGUGACUUUUUGUGGAACAAUACAAAUGCCAGAACUCUCAAGCAGUUCAACGUCACAAAAGAAGAAGACUACGCUUCUGCCAUUUAUGAAGUACCAAGUACUGGCUAUUACUGUGCCUUGUCUCGCUCACACAAGGAGGAAGAGGACUACGCUGCUACUGUUUCUUGGAACAAUCCUUAUGGAAGACUGGACGCCUCGCAAUUUCCUCGAUACCCCACAUCAUGUGGCCUUACUAUAGCUUACAGUGUCAUCCUUACCAUGUGGAUGUUCUACCAGUUUCAAUACCGAAGCAAUAUGCUCCCUGUCCAGCAUACUAUCCGUUGGCUCCUGAUCUUUUGUAUUGUGGAUCAAGCAAUCAACUCUUGGGUAUUUGACGCCCAAAACCGCACGGGAACAACGUUCGCGAUUCACUUUGGCCAGUUUGUAAUGUCUAUACUAUUUGCUUUACGCAUGGUGAUUGAUCUUGGCAUUCUCUUUUCAAUUAGUCUCGGGUUUACGAGACAACUUAUUCUGUACUUGGAGCAGAUUCGUGCCAAGUAUGCGAUGCAGUUCUCCGUACUCUUUCCCGUACUGUUUAUGACUCGGUUCUGUGCUCUCGUCACCCAACCAUACAAACUCAACUUCUUCUACGUAAUUCUUCUUGCAGUACAAAGUGGUGUUGUUUUGUAUUUGCUUUAUGAGAUGUUUGUUCUUCUCGGAAUUCGUAUCCAAAGAUCCCUUGAGCAGCGCAAGUUUGCAGUUCGUCAGAACUAUCGUAUUGUCCGCGGUUUGGUCAUACUCUUGGCAUUCUUUUUUGCAUUCCUCUUCAUUGUAAACGUAAGCAUUGGAGUCCAAUCUCGCGACAAAGUUGCCAACAAAUUCUGGAAGGUACAAUGGUUUUACGUCGAUGGGUGGCUUGACGUUUUGCACCUAUUCAUAAUUAUAACAAUCAGCUUCCUUUGGAAGCCGUCCCCAAAGAACCAACAGCUAGACUAUCUCGACAUGGACACAGGCUUUGCUCUGCCCUCUGACAUGGAAGAAGAGCUUGAUCUCUUUGAUGAAUCAGAAACUCAAGACGAGCAGAAUAGUGAAAUUUAAGUAAUACACAUACAUGUAAUGCACUCAAUAUAUUCAGAAAUUACUUCCAUG